AUGGAGGCGUCCAGAGGGUCUGCGGAAGCCGCGGCCUUAAGCCCGGAGCAGGCUGCCCGUUACCUGAGAUACGUGAAAGAGGCCAAAGAAGCAACUAAGAAUGGAGAUCUGGAAGAAGCAUUUAAACUUUUUAAUUUGGCAAAGGACAUUUUUCCCAAUGAAAAGGUGAUGAGCAGAAUCCAAAAAAUACAGGAAGCCUUGGAGGAGUUGGCAGAACACGGAGAUGAUGAAUUCACAGAUGUGUGCAACUCUGGCCUGCUGCUCUAUCAAGAGCUCCACAACCAACUAUUUGAGCACCAGAAGGAAGGUGUAGCUUUCCUCUAUAGCCUAUAUAGGGAUGGAAGAAAAGGUGGCAUCUUGGCAGACGAUAUGGGAUUAGGGAAGACUGUGCAGAUCAUUGCUUUCCUUUCUGGUAUGUUUGAUGCCACACUCGUGAAUCAUGUGCUGCUGAUCAUGCCAACCAAUCUCAUUAGCACAUGGAUAAAAGAAUUUGUUAAGUGGACUCCAGGAAUGAGAGUGAAAACCUUUCACGGUCCUAGUAAGAAUGAACGUACCAGAAACCUCAAUAGGAUUCAGCAAAGGAAUGGUGUCAUUAUCACUACGUACCAAAUGUUAAUCAAUAAUUGGCAACAGCUUUCAAGCUUGAACGGCCAAGAGUUUGUGUGGGACUAUGUCAUCCUUGAUGAAGCACAUAAAAUAAAAAGCUCAUCUACUAAGUCAGCAAUAUGUGCUCGGGCUAUCCCUACCCGUAAUCGCAUCCUCCUCACAGGAACCCCAAUCCAGAAUAAUUUACAAGAACUAUGGUCCCUGUUUGAUUUUGCUUGUCAAGGGUCCCUGCUAGGAACAUUAAAAACUUUCAAAAUGGAGUAUGAAAAUCCUAUUACUAGAGCAAGAGAGAAGGAUGCUACCCAAGGGGAAAAAGCCUUGGGAUUUAAAAUAUCUGAAAACUUAAUGACAAUCAUAAAACCCUAUUUCCUCAGGAGGACGAAAGAGGAGGUACAAAAGAAAAAGUCAAGCAACCCAGAGGUUAGACUUCGCGAAAAGAAUCUAGAUGUUGAUGCCAUUUGUGAAAUGCCUUCCCUUUCCAGGAAAAAUGAUUUUAUUAUUUGGAUACGUCUUGUGCCUUUACAAGAAGAAAUAUACAGGAAAUUUGUGUCUCUAGAUCAUAUCAAGGAGUUGUUGAUGGAGACACGCUCACCUUUGGCUGAGCUAGGUGUCUUAAAGAAGCUGUGUGAUCAUCCUAGGCUGCUAUCUGCACGGGCUUGUCUUUUGUUGAAUUUAGGGUCUGUGAAAUUCUCUGUUCCAGGUGAAAAUGAAGGGGAAGAUUCCUCAGAUGUGGACCAGAUUGAUCAAAUAACUGAUGAUACACUGAUGGCAGAAUCUGGAAAAAUGCUAUUUCUAAUAGAGCUGCUUGAGAGAUUGCGAGAUGAAGGGCAUCAGACUCUGGUGUUUUCUCAGUCAAGACAAAUUCUAAACAUCAUCGAAUGCCUCUUAAAGAAUCGGCACUUUAAGAUUUUGCGAAUCGAUGGAACAAUUACUCAUCUUGUGGAACGAGAAAAAAGAAUUAACUUAUUCCAGCAAAAUAAAGAUUACUCUGUUUUUCUGCUUACCACUCAAAUAGGUGGUGUUGGCUUAACAUUAACUGCAGCAACUAGAGUGGUCAUUUUUGACCCUAGCUGGAAUCCUGCAACUGACGCCCAAGCUGUGGAUAGAGUUUACCGAAUUGGACAAAAAGAAAAUGUUGUAGUUUAUAGGCUGAUCACUUGUGGGACUGUAGAGGAAAAAAUCUACAGAAGACAGGUUUUCAAGGACUCCUUAAUAAGACAAACUACUGGCGAUAAGAACCCUUUCCGUUAUUUUACUAAACAAGAAUUAAGAGAGCUCUUUACAAUUGAGGAUUUUCAGAACUCUGCAACCCAGCUGCAGCUUCAGUCUUUGCAUGCUGCUCAGAGGAGAUCUGAUAAGAAACUAGAUGAACACAUUGCCUACCUGCACUCUUUGGGGAUAGCUGGAAUCUCAGACCAUGAUUUGAUGUACACACGUGAUCUGUCUGUUAAAGAAGAGCUUGAUGUGAUCGAAGAAUCUCACUAUAUUCAACAAAGGGUUCAGAAAGCUCAAUUCCUUGUUGAAUUAGAAUCUCAAAAUACAGAGCUUUUAGUGGAAAGACAAAGGACUGGAAAUGAGGGGAUCUGGCAGCGAGAACCUAUAUUUCCUUCUCAAACAAAGAAGAAAUUCCCUGAAUCAAGGAAACCGCAGCCUUGGCCUUCACCACUUUUAACCCAGGAAGAAGAAAUCAGUUCCCAAAUGGCAAGUAUAAUCAUUGAUGAUCUGCCUGAAGAGCAUGGGAAUCAAGAGCUCUCCAAUGUAAAGAUGAAUGUUACCGUCUUACAAGAUGGUAGUCACCCAUGCGAAAGCACAUUUGAUGCUGACUCUGUGGCUACUUUGCCCAAGUGGUGUGGAAGUGUGGACGAAAUUUGUACUGACCCCAUGGGAAUGGCUAUACAGAAAGAGACAUUGCAAGAGGGGCCUACACAGGAGGCACCGCAAGAGGACCCUCUGGGAAAUUUUAAUUAUUCACUUAGCAAAUUGGUCAGAGCCGAUCUUGGGCCACAUCUAGAUCAACUGAAGGACAAUGAGAUUUUACUUCACUGCAGUCCCUGGCCCAUGAGUCUCCUGACCAGCGCAAAUCAAAAUACAGAGUCAGGCACAUCUGUAAUUCAAAUAGCUGAUGAUGACGUGUCAGCAUCCCAUGGUGCACUACAGGAUGCUCAAGGCAGUGAGGCCAAGUUGGAAGAGGAACCUUCAGCAUCCUCAUCACAGUAUGCAUGUGAUUUCAAUCUUUUCUUGGAAGACUCUGCUGCAGACAAUGGACAAGAUCUUUCCAGGCAGUCUUUGCAGCAUGUUGAGAAUGAAAAUAGCCUGUGCGGUGCUGCAGCUAAUUAUGAAGCAGAGGUCGAGCAUGGCAAAGCCCAUCUCAGUAUGGAUCUUUCUGAGACAAACGAUGAGCCAGAAGAAGUAAUAGUUAAUGUGAAAGUCAGAAGGAAAGCUAGAAGGAUCGUUUCAGAUGGUGAAGAUGAAGAUGAUACUUUUAAAGAUACUUCAAGCACAGAUCCAUUCAACACACCUCCCUUUCAGUUGUUAUCUGUAAAACAGUUUGAUGCUUCCACUCCCAAAAGUGACAUCAGUCCGCCAGGAAUGUUCUUUUCACUGAAAAUGGCUGAUAGUAUAAAUAAGUCUGUAACCUCUAGAAGAUCCCUGGCUUCUAGGAGGUCACUUGUUAAUGUGGUUUUAGACCACGUGGAGGAUAUGGAGGAAAGACUUGACAACAGCAGUGAAGCAGAGGUUGCUGAAGAUUACCUGGAGGAAGGAGCCGAGGAAAGCAGUGGUGAAGUCUCAGAGUGUACAGAAGACCCUCCUGGCAAAACGCUGCCUUCAGAAAAUAAGUUAAUGACACCUGAGCCUCAUGCUUUGGCUCAAGAGACCUCUCCUGGCAACCCAGGACAGACCUCUUUGUCUGGCAGACAGUUGGUUGAUUCUCCCCAGGAUGAGGCAAUGGAGGCUGUGAAUGACUAUGAGACCCUUGUAAUUCGUGGAAAAGAACUGAAAGAGUGUGGGAAAAUACAGGAGGCCUUAAACUGCUUCGUUAAAGCACUUGACAUAAAAAGCGCCGAUCCUGAAGUCAUGCUCAUGACUUUAAGUUUGUAUAAGCAGCUUAAUAAACCUUAA